GAAACCUUUCACAGUCGCCUUUGGACACAGAAGCAACUAAGUCGCUCCUGGUGUUUUAAUUCCCGGCAGCAGUACUGUCAAGGCGUCAUCAGGCAUCUCGUGGAGAGAAGGAAAAAAAGAGGGAGGAGAUAAAAAGCAAAGAGAAAGCUUUGAGAAGGAUGAACUCAGAACGAAGUGUUAUUCUUUCCCUGAUCAGCAUCACACUGUGGUGGUUGAUGUGCUCAGCUGCACCCCUAACAGAGUCUUCUGGGGACCCAGGAUUCCAGCAAUUCAUACAGAAAAACCGGGAAUUUGUCUCCAAGAUAAAGAGAGAUGUUGCUUCAGUGAAGGAGCGUGUGCGUAAAGAAUUCAAGCUUGGCAGUGACAGUGAGCUGCUCCUGGUGCGGCACAUCCUGGGCAUUGAGCAAGCAGAUCAUUCACAUUGUCAGAAAGACCCUUGUGAUAUGGAAGGUUGCUUCAACCAGAUACAGGCAGGCCUCCACACCUACCAUAGCAGCCUCUCACAUAUUGGCCAGAUCCUGUCAAGUUACACUGACCAAGUGUCUGGCCUCCAGCUGGACAUCUUAAACCUAUCCAUCAACAUCCAACGGCAGAUGGAAGAAAGUGGGAUGGCCAUUGUCACCUACCCCCAGGCAGAAAACCUGGCCCUGCAAAAUCAAAGAGAGAUUGGGAGUUAUCUCAUCCUCGGCAAUCUCCAGAAAUUCAUGGAGGCAACUUUACGAGCGCUGAGGCACUGCAGGUCAUAAUGUAAUGGGUGGCAUACAGGAUUCUCCCAUAAGACCUUGGACAGGAGGAAGAGGAAGGAAGAGUCCUGUGCACCCUGUGAGGGUCUAAGAAGCAGUAACAGACUGAGGGGAGAAAGUUGCACUUCUCCUGACUGGACUCGUUUUAAUCUACAGAAUUCCAGCUUCCUAAAUUUUUAAUAUUUAUUUAUUAUAUUUAUUUUCUAAAGAUUUAUAAGAUGCUAUCUACAAAAAGCAGAGUAGAAACUUGAAAUAAUAUUUAGAGAAUGCAGCAGUAGAGCACGACAUGCACAAUAAUUGAAAGAAGCCACUUUUGUGGUUUCUUUGGCGUUUUGCUGCUUGCCAUCUUCCACCAGCAGGAAGUAACUCUUGUUACUGAAGUAAACUUAAAUCUUUUUUAAUAAUCAAAAAUCAAGUACAAUCCCCCAUUCUGAGUUCCCUCCAAAUAUAUUGGACAGACUUCACUAUAUUUGGCACGAACAAAAUGCUCAAUGCACAAAACUAAAUUCCUUGCCCUUGGGGGGGGGGAAAACAUAAUUUUUCAGAGGCUGAUGCAGAGAAUCUUUAGAAACUGGAUUUUAUAAGAGAAUGUUGACUUAAGUCUCCUGCAAUAACUCCUCUGGUGAACCUCUGGGGUAGCUCACGCAGUCUCUUCCAGAUGUUGGACUUGAGCCUCCAUCAGCCCAGCUAUCAUGACCUAUGGUUAGGGAUGAUGGGAGCUGGAGUCAACCAACAUAUGGAGGACACCACGCUGGCUACUUCUGGAAUGGGCUCAUCUCACGUAUUUUGUAGAAUUAUAAUUUUGGAUUAGAUGUUUUGGAAAAUGUACUUUUCUCAUGAUUGAAACUUGACAUUUGCAUGGAAAUACCUUCUCAUUUUCAUUGCCGAAUUUCUAGUGAAAUAUCUUUAUGGCAAUUCCUGCAACAGUGUUUUUUAUUUAUUGAGGUUAUUUAUUUUUAUUUAUUGUAUCUGAAAACAACUUUGAUGCAUCUUAACAUUUUGCCCUUAGAUCUUUAAUAACUUUGUUGGUAUUAGUGUAUUUAUCACUUAUUUAAUAUUUAUACCAAAACUGUUAGAUUAACUGUGUGAUAGAAUAUUUGUGAUUAUUAAAGACAAUGUGGUUUCAGCUAGUCUUGGUGUGCAUCUUGCAGUGCCCACAGCCUUGUUGUGGUGCACAUGUCGAGAUAUAUACAAUGUUAAGCUACUGUUUAAUAUUUAAACAUAAAGAGUACUGGCUAUUGGUAGCUGGACCAAACUGCAGGGUGGUGAACAAUGGGAAUUUCUGGUUUCCACUUCUGACAGUCUUUUGGGCAUGUGCUGUGCAUCUCUCUAUGCUUCUUGCAGAUGGGAGAUACUGACUAUGGACCAUAUGUAUACAUAGACUUCUCCAAUGUAUGUUGGAACUUCAUCAGUAGAUGAGAAUUCUGAAACUGCUGUCCUCAUUUGCUGUAAUCAGCAGAUUGUUGAUUUGGCUGAGGACCACCAUCUAAAUUUCCUACAGUGCCCCAGUGUUGGGCCGUUGUGAGACAUUCAGACCUAGCUGCUUUGUGCUGCUUGUAGCACUGGGCCCUAUAAUAAUGAGGUGGACUUAGGGCAUGGGUCAGCCCUGGCAGCUGCCCAAAGAUGCCAGGUGUGAUGCUGGCCUUGUUGCCAUGUGAAACAACCUGCUUCACCUUGUUGAAUAGUAGGGCUGCCUUUACACCAGUAUUGGGGAACCUGUGGCCUUCUCCAGGCUGCGGGACUCCCAUCAGCCCCAGCUGUCAUAGCCAAUAGUUAGGUUGAUGGGAGUUAAAGAUCAAUAACCUUUUGAGAGCCACGGGCUUCCCACCCCUGCUUUGCACAUAGAGAUGUAUAUAGCUCAAACCUUAGAGAAACAGACAUUCAUUACUGAUUUUCUUUUGGAUCUGUUCCUACAAUGUGCUAUGCUACUGGAUAUUUUAGCUUUCUUGGAUUUAUGAUAUUAAUUUAUGAUUUAAAAGUAGAUCUUUUUAUUGUAAUGAAUCAUCUUUACAUAAAUUGUUAUCGAUCUGUAUAGAAUUCCAUUUUAAAUUUUACUUAAAAUUGCUUUGCUCUUUGCUGGAGACGUACCUAUGAUGCUACUUGUAGAUUUUAGACCAGUACCCACAACUAAGGCAAACUGUUCCUCCCUUUAAAGUUUGUGAACUCUGUUAGCUUCAGAUUCUCCUGCUGCAAGCACCUGUAACAGAAGGCUACUGGAAUGACAUGGCUAGUAAUACUGUAAAUGUAAUGAGGUAAUGGAGAAAGCAAUACCUGGAAUUUGGCUUGGAACAUCAGAGCAUUCUGACUGCAACAUAUAUAUAUUAUGCUGUUUAGUUUUUUUGUGGCAUCACUGUAAGUAGUGAUUCUGAUUUUAGGUGUUUCUUGUAUCUAUAAGCUACUCUGAAUGCCCUACAUGAGUGGAAGAGGCAGGAUAUAAAUAUUUAAUUUUUUAAUGUUUAUAAAAAAUAUGUGACCAUGAUAUUAAGUAGAAUGGAUAUGGCAGUUUUAAAACUUAUUUAUAUUUUUAUUUUAAAAGGUAGAAGUAAUUGGUUACCAGGGCAUCUAUUAGUACAUAAUAUUUAUAUGUAGAGUCUCAAUGCUUCAAUUAUAAUACCAAUCAGCAUUUCCAAUGUAGUUAAUACUUCCAAAAUUGAACUUUUAUUUAUAAUAAUGUGGAAUAUGUCAUUCUUGAGUAGAAAUA